AUGUUGCUAGCAGACGUACAACGACUGUUUCAGUCCAUAAAAGAUCGUUACAAGUAUAAUUUCAAUCUAAAAGUUAAACAGAUGGAAGUGUUACUUUCUAUUUUGGAGAGGAAAGACACUUUGGCUGUUCUGCCGACUGGCUACGGCAAAACUGAGUGUUUUGUCCUGCCAGCAUUGAUGUUGGAGGAGGUCAAUGGAGAUGAGAACUUAGAAUUGGGACUAAGAAUUGAGACGAGAACUUUUCAGAUUACCCAGUUUGCAUUAAAACAUGAGAAAACAAAGACGUGUAAAAGUACAGAUUACAUGAACCUGCACUUUAAAGUGAAGUGGCUAUACAGUAAAUAUAUAGCAGAAAUACCACAAUUCAAGAAUACAGUGCCAGAAUACCCUGCAUUGUUUGAGCCUUUUGUGAUGCAGUGGUUGAACGAGAAUGAUGAUGUAUCCAUGGAUUAUCUUCAUGGGGCAUACGAACGUGACAAACGAGAUGGGUUCCAAAAGAGUUCUGAGCAUGCACUGUUUUCAACGAGUGUUGUGGAUGUGUUCACUCAGUUGAACCAGUGUUUUGAUGUGAUAAGGAAACUGGAAUGUCCAGAUCCUCAGAUGCUCAAACGAUGUAUGGAAAGAUUUGCUAAUACUGUAAACAAGGUGCUUGUAGCUUAUGCUGACAUUGUCAGGAAAGAUUUCAAGGAGUAUACAGGACAUCAAAAAGUGGCUUGUAUAUUAAUGAACAACAUCCAACAGUUGAGGGUUCAGUUAGAGAAGGUGUUUGAAUCAAUGGGAGGAGAAAAGGGUUUCCAAAGGUUAUUGGCGUCAUUGACGGUACACAAAUUAAGAUAAAGGGUCCAAAAGAAAAUGAAACUGACUUUGUGAACCGCAAAGGUUAUCAUUCAAUUAAUGUACAGAUGGUUUGUGAUGCCAGAUUCAGAAUUACUAACGUGGUGGCAAAGUGGCCUGGGAGUGUUCACGACAGCCGUAUUUUUAGGGAAUCUGAACUGUGCAGGAAAUUUGAGAAUG